CAGCGACCGUCCGAGGCGUGCGGUGCUCCGGUAGCCACCACGGCUGGCCAGCGAGUGUUGCCAUGGAAGGGGCCGGUGUAACUAUAUACACUCCAGACAACUAUUCCGAAGAGCUAGGGUCGGGAGACUAUGACUCCAGCAAGGAGCCCUGCUUCCGGGAAGAAAAUGUCCACUUCAAUAGGAUCUUUCUGCCCACCAUCUACUUCAUCAUCUUCUUGACUGGCAUAGUGGGCAAUGGAUUGGUGAUCCUAGUCAUGGGUUACCAGAAGAAGCUGAGAAGCAUGACUGACAAGUACAGGCUGCACCUGUCGGUGGCUGACCUCCUCUUCGUCAUCACGCUUCCCUUCUGGGCAGUUGAUGCCAUGGCCGACUGGUACUUUGGGAAAUUCUUAUGUAAGGCUAUCCACGUCAUCUACACUGUCAACCUCUACAGCAGUGUCCUCAUCCUGGCCUUCAUCAGCCUGGACCGGUACCUUGCCAUUGUCCAUGCCACCAACAGUCAGAGGCCGAGGAAGCUGCUGGCUGAAAAGGCAGUCUACGUGGGUGUCUGGAUCCCUGCCCUUCUCCUGACCAUCCCUGACUUCAUCUUUGCGGAUGUCAGCGAGGCAGAGGACAGGUACAUCUGCGACCGCAUCUACCCUGAUAACCUGUGGUUGGUGGUAUUUCAGUUCCAGCACAUCAUGGUAGGUCUUAUCCUGCCGGGCAUCGUCAUCUUAUCUUGUUACUGCAUUAUCAUCUCCAAGCUGUCACACUCCAAGGGCCACCAGAAGCGCAAGGCCCUCAAGACCACAGUCAUCCUCAUCCUGGCUUUCUUCGCCUGCUGGCUGCCGUAUUAUGUCGGAAUCAGCAUUGACUCCUUCAUCCUGUUGGAGGUCAUCCAGCAAGGGUGCGACUUCGAGAACGUUGUGCACAAGUGGAUCUCCAUCACUGAGGCCCUGGCCUUCUUCCACUGUUGCCUGAACCCCAUCCUCUAUGCCUUCCUUGGAGCCAAAUUCAAAACCUCUGCCCAGCACGCACUCAAUUCCAUGAGCAGAGGCUCCAGCCUCAAGAUUCUUUCCAAAGGAAAGCGGGGUGGACACUCGUCCGUCUCGACAGAGUCGGAAUCCUCAAGCUUUCAUUCCAGCUAACACUUACGUAAAGACAUAUAUAAUAUAUAUACGAUAAAGAACUUUUUAUGUUACCCAUUCUCCAGAUAUAAAAGACUGACCAAUCUUGUACAGUUUUUUUUUGUUGUUUUUUUUUUUGUUGUUGUUGUUGGUUUUUUUGGUAUUGACUUUCGGAGUUUUUGUGAGAUUUGACUUAAUUUAUAUAAAUAUUGGUUUUUGUGUGUUUGUUUGUAUCCUGUGUGUUUUUGUGUGUUCUUGUGUCCUGUCUAGGCAGGACCUUUGGCCAAGUUCUUAGUUGCUUUGGCCAAGUUCUUAGUUGCUGUGCAUCUGUGUGUAGGCCUGCAGAACUGCGGAGGAAGGAGCUGAACAUUCCACGAUGUGUGGUUGAUCGAGGAAAGCUGGAGGUGGGCCUCAGCUGUUGCUGCAUCACCUCUCUGUUCCUGAGGAGCCCACCACCCCACCACUGUGCUUCCAUUGUCUGGUUAGACUGUGUGAUUUUUCUGUAAAAAUGGCACUUAAAACCAAAGCCUGAAAUGGUGGUUUUUCUUUUCAACAAUGGAUUGACUUCAGCAAAUGUACAGCCCUGUAUUACAUUGUUAAUAAAAGUCAGUGAUAAAUUU